AAAAUGUCUAUUUACUUGUUAAAAAUACUUGAGUGGUUGCAGAGAUAUAUCGAUUACAAAAGUUCUGUGAACUUUUUGUCCAUACCUUAUAGGGAACUAAAAUAUUUUCAUUAUCACUUAAGUUACAGUUUAAAAUGUUUUCUAACGUUAGCUGAAGACUGAAAACGCUAGAGGCUAUGAUAGUCUGAAAUAUAUUUACUUUACUUUUAGUUAAUUCAAUUCGUUUCCUUCCGCUGAGCGAUUUUAUUUCCAGAACAAAAAAUCCUCGACUGCUAGAUGAUUUAAAUUCUUUAAGUCAACAAUUAGAGUCAACUAAUGUAGGACAAUGUGAACAUAUUAGUGAACAUUUUGAACAAUUACGAAAAUAUCAUAUCUAUAAUGAUAAAUAUGAAUCUAUGAAUAAACGUUUUAACGACAUAAAAUCAAAUACUCAAACAACAGAAGAAUAUGAAUCAAUGUUAAUUAUAUUAAAAGAAUUAAAACUUUUAACUAAUCAGAAUAUCAUACGUAUGAAAGGACGAGUGGCUUCAUUAUUUGGAAAUGGAAAAGAACUAUUGUGUACAGAACUUGUCUAUCAAAAUAUUUUAGAUAAUUUAGAUGCGGCAGAAGUUGCAGCUCUCAUAUCAUCAAUUAUAUUUCAGGGUAAACGAACAAAUGAAAAAGAUUCAACGAAUAAUUCAAUUGAUAAACAAACAGUUACGCCACGAUUAGAACAAGCAAAACAACGUUUAAUAUUAGUAGCUCGAGAUUUAGAUCGAUUACAAAAACAUUAUAAGAUUUAUAGUUAUAUCGAAGAAGAACUUAACUUUGAUAUAAUGUCAAUUAUAUACAAAUGGGCACAAGGUGCAACAAAAUUCAUUGAUAUAAUGAAUGAUCAAGAUUUACAGUAUAUUGAUAUUCAAGAAGGUACUAUUGUUCGAACAAUAAUGAGAAUUGAAGAAUUAUGCGGAGAUUUGAGAAAUGCAGCAAAAACUGUAGGAAAUACACAAUUGUUCGACUUAAUGCAGGAUGUAUCGAAAGGAAUCAAACGAGGAAUUGUAUUUGCACCAAGUCUCUAUUUUUCUGAUUCAAUUACAAUAGAAUAA